UACUGGUCCAGUUGUAUUAAAACGUACAGAGAUCAGUUUCAAUAUGGCCGACGAAAGAGAAGCGGGAAAAGGUGAAUUUAUAAAAAAUGAAGAAAACCACGAGCAAGAAACAUUUCAUAUCAACGAAGAUAGUCAUCAACAUGGUUGUGAAGAAGUAAGGAUUACCGGUGAAGUUGAAACCAUAAAGAAUGACGAACAAUGUAGCGAUGCUGACUCUUUCUUUGAGUGCAAUAACGUGUCCAAUGAUACAACACCAGGACGAGGUUUUGGAAAAGCUCGUGGUGGACAUUCGCGAAAGGGAAAAAAAAUGGGAAAGCUGAGAUAUCGUUUUACGAAUUACUUGAAGGAAGAUCACAAACAACCUUUGUUUGGCGUGACUUUUAACUAUAAUAUUGAAGAAGAAUCUGAAGAUCCACUUAUUUUUGCUACUGUUGGUUGUAACAGAGCAUCCAUUUAUCAAUGUCGUGAUAAAGGAGAGAUAAAGCUUCUUCAAGCCUAUGUUGAUGCAGAUCCUGAAGAGAAUUUCUACACUGCAGCCUGGUCGGUCCUUAUCAAUUCUGGAGAACCUAUCCUUGCUAUUGCAGGAUCACGAGGGAUUAUUAGGAUCAUUAGUGCAUUUUCAAUGCAAUGUUCCAAGCAUUUUUUAGGUCACGGUAACUCUGUAAAUGAGUUGAAAUUUCAUCCUUUGGAUCCAGAAUUAUUGCUCUCUGUCAGUAAAGAUUAUGCUCUUAGAUUGUGGAAUGUUCACACUGAAGUUUGUGUUCUUAUGUUAGCUGGAGUUGAAGGACAUAGAGAUGAAGUAUUAAGUUGUGAUUUUGAUAUUUUGGGAACUAAAAUCAUUUCUUGUGGAAUGGAUCAUUCAUUAAAGAUUUGGUCACUUGAUGAAGAUAAUGUUAAAAAGACAAUUGAAGACGCAGCAGUUUACAGCAAUACCAAAUCAACAAAAUCAUUUAAAACUUUACAAAUUCAUUAUCCAAAAUUUACAACUCGUGAUAUUCAUAGAAAUUAUGUUGAUUGUGUUCGAUGGUUAGGUGAUCUUCUGUUAUCAAAGUCUUGUGAAAACUGUAUUGUGUGCUGGAAACCUAAAAAAUCACUUGAUGAAAUUUUCGCCAAGCCUUCUGACGAAAUGAACACAAUUAAAGUUCUUCAUAAAUUCGAAUACUCACAAUGCGAUAUAUGGUUUAUGCGUUUUGCUAUGGACUAUUCAUAUAAGACUCUUGCUUUGGGAAAUCAAGUUGGAAAAAUUUAUAUUUGGGAUAUUGAUGUCAAUGAUUCUUGUGAUGUUGUGCAGAAAGUUCUCUCUCAUCCUAAAUGUACAGCAGCCGUUCGACAAACAUCAUUUAGUAAAGAUGGAAGUGUUUUACUUUGUGUUUGCGAUGAUGGUACUAUAUGGAGAUGGGAUCGAUCUCCUUGAACAAUAAAAACGGUUUGAAUUUUUUUGGUCGUGAAUGUUCGUAUUUUGAAUUCUGCCAUGAAAUUUUUUAUCGCGCAGUGAAAGUUUUUUCCCCUGGGAAAUAAUUUGCCAUGAUAUAAACACUGUGAAAAAAGUACAAUUAUACUCGCCAUAUCUUGUAUUUUAUCGUUUAAAAUAACAAUUGAUUUAUACUUUAA